UCCGAGAUGACAACCUAAGGGAGUCAGUGAUUGUUUUCCGCAGUGCUGGCAAUCAGUUGACGUCCACCACAGUCGUUUCUACUAGCCUUCUACUACAACUGGCCAAAGGAACUGUUCUCGCUCUAUUUGCUGCAUGUUUUCUUCACGGCAGGCCUAGAAGCCAUAGACAGUCAGCAUAUUGUGGCCAGAUUCCAUGGCAGUCCUCAGGAGGCAAGCCACUGGCCAGGCCAGAUUGGCAGGACCAGCUAGAGGAUGCGUUGGAGUGAUUCUGCUUGCUUUGGUCAUUCAGUCUCUUGCAAUCCGUACUGGCGAGGGUGAAUCUGUGUCCAAGACAGCUACGGCUCAGACUCCAGAAACAAAGAUUGACACCAGCAGCAGACAUCUCGGAGACAAUGACAAGACAUACGAUGACAAGAACUACGAUGAAAAGAAGAACGGUAUGAAGAAGCAGGAUGAGAAGAAGUACGACAACGAGUUCGACAAUAAGUACGACAAGAAGUAUGACAAGAAGUAUGAUGACAAGAAGUACGAUGAGAAGUACGAUGAGAAGUACGAUGAGAAGUACGAUGAGAAGUACGAUGAGAAGUACGAUGAGAAGAAGAACGGCAUGAAGAAGCAGGAUGAGAAGAAGUAUGACAAUGAGUACGACAAUAAGUACGACAAUAAGUAUGACAAUAAGUACGACAAUAAGUACGACAAGAAGUACGACAAGAAGUACGACAAGAAGUAUGAUGACAAUAAAUAUGACAAUAAGUAUGACGACAAGAAGUAUAAUGAGAAGAAAUACAAUGAGAAGAAGUCUGGUGAGAAGAAGUAUGACAUGAAGCACGAUGAGAAGUACAAAAAUGAUUACGAAAACGACUACGAUGCUAACUUCGACUGUCAGAAGUACUUUGAUGAUUACCACAAAUAUAUGUACGGCAAUAAGUACGGUAACAAGUACAACAACGACUAUGAGAACUACGGCAUGAAGUAUGGCAAUAAGUAUGACAACUACGGCAUUAUGACAACUACGGCAUGUACGGCAACAAGUACAACAACUACGGCAUGAAAUACGACAAUAAGUACAACAACAAGUUCGACAACAAGUUCGGCAACAAGUUUGACAACAAGUUCGAGAACAAGUAUGACAAUAAGUACGAGAACUACGGCAUGAAGUACGACAAUAAGUACGAGCCCUACGGCAUGAAAUAUGACAAUAUGUAUGGCAAUAGGUAUGGCAAUAUAUAUGACAACAAGUACGACAACGAGUACAAGAACUACGACAUGGAGUACAACAAGAAGUACAGCAACAAGUACAACAACUACGGCACAGAGUACGGCAAUAAGUAUGACAACAAGUAUGACAACGAGUACAAGAACCAUGGCAUGGAGUACAACAAGAAGUACAGCAACAAGUACAACAACUACGGCACAAAGUACGGCAAUAAGAAUGACAAUAAGUACGACAACAAGUAUGACAACGAGUACGAGUACGCCAACAGGUACGGCAAGAACUAUGACAAUAAGUACGAUAACUAUGGCAUGAAGCACGGCAAUAAGUACGGCAAUCAGUAUGACAAUCAGUACAACAAUAAGUACGACGAGAACUACGGCAAUAACUACGGCCAUAACUUCGGCAAUUAUUAGGACAAUAAGCACGGCAAUAAGCAUGAGAAUAAGUAAGAGAAGAAGUAUGGCAAGAAGUACGGUGAGAAGUACGAUGAGAAAUACGACAAGAAGCAGUAGGAUCUAUAUGAUAACAAGAAGUGUGAUGGAAAGAAGUACUGCAACAAAUAUGCUGAGAUGAAUUACGACAAGAAGUUUGAAGUAUCAUGACAAUAAGUGCGAGGAUUACAUGCAGUGAGACGGAUGACAGGAAGAAGAAAAAUGAAUAUAGUGACAAGGAGUACAACAAGAAGUACGCAGCUCGGUCCCCCGGUGCCCACUGGAAAGCCGCAGCGGUUGUGCGGUGACUCCCAAAACUAUAUUCAAAGUCGGGCAUUGGUACCGGCAAGAGUCUCAGAAGUCAGUAGGAGUACAUAGCCCGAAGCUAUUCCACUCAGUUAAUCCCUGGGGGCAUCCUGGGCAAUCAAUGCUGGUGGAAACU